AUGAAACAGUUAUUCUUAAACUACGCAACUCUCUCUAAUGCAUUGUCUACACAACUUGAAGGAAAACCUGAAAGAAGGAAGCUGAAAGAUGAUAGAAAUCUUACAAAAGUUUGGGAUAAAAAGGAUGUUUUGUUUCUAUUACUAAGAAAAAGAAUAUUACUUAAAAGAAUAUAG